GCCGGCGGGGAAGGAGGGUCGGAGGGCACGUAUGUAGUGCAGCAUAUGCUCGCAUGCGACGGCGUCACAAAAUGUGCAUUGCAUCUUGAGCUGUGUGGUUAUGGCACGUUUUGCAGUGUUUUGCUACCACUAAGGAAACAGGCCCAGCCAAAAAGACCUGGUUCACACUGGCAGGCAGUGCAGACCUUGGGGCAGUGGCCAAGACAAACUGAUAUAUCCACUCAACAUAUAUUUACUGGGUGCUAUGUGCCAAAAACCAAGUCUGUGUAAGUUUUGCGAAUACAGUGCUGAAAGACUGGAACAGUUGGAAGUUUAAUGAGUAGGGGGCAAACAAAAAACCUGACCUGUUAACCCCAGCAGAGGUUGAAGGGGGGAAAAAAUCACAAGGAGUUAUGCUUCUGACAGUUAUGGGGAAUCUGUCUUUUAAAUGUUAGGACCUGACUUACUGCCCCUAAAAAUGCCAGGUACAUAAAUAGUAGUCGUCUGACAAAUAUGUUACUUGUUGAAUUCCAAGUACGUAAAUGGGCUUUUUAAAAAAUGGGAAAGAUUGAGGUUAACAGUGGAGAUAAAUUGGGAGAAGAAAGAGGAACUAGAAAGGAAUUUCAGGUAAAGGAAAAAGCAAUCCCAAAAAGACAGUUACAGUUCUAGGAUCCAAAUGGAAAGCCUGGGCCCCACACAGUGGGAGAUGAGAAUAGGAAAGACAGUGGUGAGAGAAUAAGAAAAGCUGACCUUUCCUGGACACCUGUCAUUUGCCAGCUACUGUCCACACACUUUAUAUGUACCAUUAAGAGCACUAAUUCAACAAUGAAAACACUAAUCCUACAACAAGCCUAUGACAUACUGCAUUAUUGUCCUCUGUUCUAGAUAAAUAAAGGUAUGGAAAAAAUAAUUUGUCUAGUGUCAGUGAAUGACACAGCCAUAAUUUGAAUCCAGAUGUUUUGCUUUCACAGUCUCUGGCCUCUGCUAAGAAAUUGUGUUUGCUACUAAAGUAGCACUUCUCACACUGAAACAUUAGCAGCCCAUAAUAAAAGAAUUUCAUGGCCAAGUUAAUUUGGGAAGCCACUUAACCCCGAAUAGCCCUCUUAGAAAAUCAGGUUAUACAUUAACACAUAAAGGGAUUCUAACAAGGCCUGAGAGAAAUUGUUUGUGUUUAAAUUCUUUGUUCUAAACUUGUGACUUCAUACAAUUGUCAUACAACUCAUACCCUUUGGUACCAGUAUUCACAAAAUGGUUUUGGAACAGUUGCAUGGGGAGGGAGCAUGGCAUGAGUAGAAUGAUGUCACCACAUUCUGGUGACUGGAGCAGAAUGGCUAUCGAUGUGCAGUGAAAAGUUUUGGAGGUUUCAAUGGGGAGGGAGGCACAGUAGUGCAGAUCACAGGGAAAGUCAGUAAAGACUGCCAGGAAAGCUGACGGAAAACAAAAGUUAUCCCAAAGAAGAGGGAAGGAAAAGUAUGUCCAGGCAGAGGGGCUGGGGAUUUAGCUCAGCUGCGUAAGCGCCUGCCUUGCAAGCGUGAGUUUUAUCCCCGGUACUGAUAAAAAGGAAAAAGGCAAAAAAAAAAAAAAAAGUAUGUCCAGGCAGGACCAUGAUAGGGUCAAAGUUCUGAAGGGAGGAGAAAGAGAAAGAUUGUGGCUCAUUCAAGCAAAUUUUUUUUUGCUUGAAUGUUCCAGAAGCCAAACCUCAGAGAUGCAGCACUAUAAAGGGCUAAGCUGGAAACAGCAGCCAGCUCAGCCCUGUACUUUAUCUGCCAUAGAAGCAACUUCAAGCAAGCCAGUAUCACCGUUGGACUGUCCUGACAAGGACCAGGAGAAGUGGGUAGAUUCACGUGGACAAAUUUCUGAAGUUUUGAUGCAUGGUAAAGCGCAACGGAGAAAGGAAGGACAGAAUGGACAAAGGAGGGACAGAAUAGUUGAAGGCAGCACAGGAUAGAACCUGACACUUAAGGAGUGUGUAGGGAGUGGGGGGGACUGAGAGGAAACCCAGCCAAACAGGGAGACCUGGAGGCCAAGAAAAAGAGUUCGCCCACCAAGCAUGGGGUAGCUCCUUGUGAUCAAUGCUGCCAGGGAGGAGCCGAGAAGGCUGAGAAGCCAGGAGCCAGCCUUAAUGCUGUAGAGGCAGCAGCCUGGUUCCAUGAGCCAGCAAGUGUUUUGCAAACAAGGAAGUUAGCAUUUGUAGGCCAAUAGGGGAGAAACAGGUGAGUGAUCCUGAGAAUUUCAAACAUGAAAACUUUUAAGUAUGAUGAGAAGGACCAAGCAAUGGAGAGUUCUAGAAAUACAAUAUAUUAUGGAUUAAAAACUGGUGGCCACUUAACACUAGCUGAAUUAAAUCAACAUGGUGCUAAAUGUUGAUGUUCCACCUAUGGAAAGUUGCCAGCAUUAAUAGAGACAUGGAGGAGAAGCUAGACAUUGUGGGUUCUCCUGUGUUGCUGUUUCGAGUUGUUGGCUCUUCUGGAGGAGCUCAUCAUGACUAGCUUCCCCAGUGUGAGGUCAACCAUUGUCAUAGGAGGAGCUCAGGAUCUUGCUAGUGAAAGUAGCUAUGGUUCACCAGGGGCUCUGGUCCUUACAUUGAGCAUCACUUCCUGUCUCUGGAGGGGAAGUCAUGUGCCCUUUAAUCUCCAGGAGAAACUCAUCAUGCUGGCUUUCUGGCAUGUACUCAACUGUUGUUAUCGUUGGAGGAGCUCGGGGCCUCCGUGUCACUGAGCUUGGUUGUGGUGCUUUUCAGGGCAGCCCUGGUUCUUAUUCUGAGUGUGACUUCUUGCUCCAGUGUAGAACCCUCAACCUACCAGCACAGCUCCUUCACCCCACUGGCAUAGAUUUUCUAGCUUCCACUGCUGACCUUUGGGCCUUCCUAGCACAGAUCCAUAAACAGACUGGUGUGAGGCCUCACACUCUAGACCUCCAGCUGGACUCGUGGGAGGCAUUGUCAUGGGCUCUAGGUCUUCAUCUGGACACAUGCAGGACAUUGCUGUGGGAUUCAGGCCCUUCACUGAAUAUUCUAUGUCUUUAGUGUUGUGGAUAGGUUUCCUACACUUCCUUGUGUUAACUCUGAGUGACCAUCAUAAAUAAUAUUAUAAGUUAUGUGUCCUGAUUCUAACUGUUCUCCUCACAACCCCUGACUACAACACAAUACAAAUGGAAUCCUUAGAAGGCAAGAGGGUAGGACAGGCAUCUCAGAUAAGGAAAGAGGUUGAGACAGAGUAGAGGGAGGAGGUAAAAAGAACUAAGCCAUGUCAUGUGCAUGUGCCAACUACCCAUGAUGAAUGUAUUCAUUAUGUACUGCAAACAUGGACUCAUAAAAAUCCAAAAAGUUUUUUUAAACUGUGAGCUGAGGUAGCCUCACAGCUUGAAAUAAAGAGAAGCAGGUAGGAGGAGGAAGAAUGUACGUCUUGGAGCUUCGCGUUGGAAAGCUUUAUGCCUGAGUAUUUUUCUAACCUGUGCUUGUUCUUGAAGGCUUCACUCAGUGCAAGUCCUGGAAGGUGAAGCCCACCCUGAGCGGAGAGAUCGAACUGUCAUCAGCCUUGGUCUACUUUCCUGUCCCCUGCGAGAGCCCCCUUUCGGUUGUAACCGCUAGGUGGCAGCCUUGACUUGUAUCUCACUCCUGCUUCCAACCUACUUUGAUUUCUCCAGUUCUCAGAAAGUUCUGAGAUCUGGAGGGCCCCUAAAAUCCAUUCUUUCCCGCCUUCCACCUAGGAUGUUUAAUUCCAAAUUUGAAUUUUGGCAGAAUGGGGCAGAGGUCACGCACUCACGUAACUGCUGAGACCUGAGUAGGAUAAUGUCCAACCGACCGUUAAAAAAAACCCUAAGCAGGAAGAAAGAGGAGCCAGAAGACAGACUGAGAAAUAGGCUACGCCCAGGACAGGGAAAGUGUCCCAACUUGGCGUGGAAAACCUGUGGGGAGGACGGACUUCGGGGAGCGAUGGGUGUGCCGGUGUCAGGCUCCUGGGGGUCUCCCUAGGACAUAACAAGCGCAGAGCCUGGGGCUGCAUCCCUGCCGCCCCGCAGGGGUGGGGACCCAAAGAGAUGCCAGUGCCCGACUCAUUCUCACACUUACUCCCAAGCUCCUGGAAUUUCACCUUCUGGGAAAACCACAGAUUAUGCCUUUGAGAUGGCUGUUUCAAAUAUUAGGUAUGGAGCAGGAGUUACAAAGGAAGUGGGCAUGGAUCUACAAAACAUGGGGGCUAAAAAUGUUUGCUUGAUGACAGACAAGAACCUUUCCCAGCUCCCUCCGGUAAAAGCAGUAAUGGAUUCCCUUGUGAAGAAUGGCAUCAAUUUUCAACUUUAUGAUAAUGUGAGGGUAGAACCAACGGACACAAGCUUCAUGGAUGCCAUUGAGUUUGCCAAAAAGGGAACUUUUGAUGCUUAUGUUGCUGUGGGUGGUGGCUCCACCAUGGACACCUGUAAAGCUGCUAAUCUGUAUGCAUCCAGUCCUCAGUCUGAGUUCCUCGAUUAUGUUAAUGCCCCCAUUGGAAAAGGAAAGCCUGUGUCUGUACCUCUUAAGCCUUUGAUCGCAGUCCCAACUACCUCAGGAACCGGGAGUGAAACUACUGGGGUUGCCAUUUUUGACUAUGAACACUUGAAAGUCAAAACUGGCAUUGCUUCACGAGCCAUCAAACCCACGCUGGGACUGGUUGACCCUCUGCACACCCUCCACAUGCCUGGCCAGGUGGUUGCCAACAGUGGUUUCGAUGUGCUUUGCCAUGCCCUGGAGUCAUACACGGCCCUGCCCUACCACAUGAGGAGCCCCUGCCCUCCCAACCCCAUCUCUCGACCAGCGUAUCAGGGCAGCAACCCAAUCAGUGAUAUUUGGUCCAUCCAAGCACUACGGAUCGUUGCUAAGUACCUGAAGAGGGCUGUCAGAAAUCCUGAUGAUCUUGAGGCAAGAUCUAAUAUGCACUUGGCAAGUGCUUUUGCUGGCAUUGGCUUUGGAAAUGCUGGUGUUCAUCUGUGUCAUGGGAUGUCUUACCCAAUUUCAGGUUUAGUGAAAACGUACAAAGCAAAGGACUACAGUGUGGAUCACCCACUAGUGCCCCAUGGCCUUUCCGUUGUGCUCACGUCCCCCGCAGUGUUCACAUUCACCGGAAAGAUGUUUCCAGAACGGCACCUGGAGACGGCAGAAAUACUGGGAGCUGACACCCGCACCACCAAGAUCCAAGACGCUGGGCUUGUGUUGGCAGACACACUCCGGAAAUUCCUAUUUGAUCUAAAUGUUGACAAUGGCCUGGCCGCCCUUGGCUACUCCAAGGCAGACAUCCCUGCAUUAGUGAAAGGAACACUACCCCAGGUAAGAGGUGGAGAGCAGUCCUCACUCCUGCUAAGAAGCACAGAACUUCCCUUUGGGGUGCAUCAGAUGCAAAGACACCCCAGGGGCCCUCUAGUCUCCUCCAUAUCAUGCAGCAAUUUCCUUUUUGGGAGAGAAGGGCCCUUUAUUUUGUGAUUUUCCAUAA